CGCUCCGUCAGUUUCUGUUCAUUUUGCCCCUCCCGGGGAGAUCUAGUGAUAGAUCUGGGUGUGUGGUGCGUUUGCUGGCGAAGAGAGGCCGUCCGUCCCGCGUGCGAGUGAACCACAUCAGCUCCACGGUAGUGAGAGCAUCCAGCCUGCCGCCGCACAGCGCAACACCCCCCAGAGGGCCACCGCUGCGUGAGGGAGCCAGCGAGGGAGCGUCCGGCCUUCGGUGGUGCGGAUCGACCUGCCAUUCUCAGCUCCGGCCUUUGGUCACGUCCGCGGCGCCUUUGCUUUUGCCGAGCCGCAGGGGUGACGUUUGUGGGGUUUGGGUUGCUGACUGACCCUCAUCGUCGCUGUUCGAGGACAGAACUGACAUCACUAUCACCUCCGUCGUCCAUAUGGACCAGGUGGAUCAAACUACUCCCGCUGUGGAGAUCCCCGUGGAGAUCCCCGUCGAGUCUGCACCGACACCGGCCAGCAUGCCCGAGGCACUGUCGGUCGAUGUGACGGGUGCCGCGGCGGGAACACCAGGUGCGGGCCAGGGGGGUGUGAACCCGGCUGAGAACCCCUUCCACAAGACCAGAUACUGCCGAUACUGGCUGCAGGUAGGUACACUCACACAGAGAGAGGAGAUAGUGGUCAGCCUGUUUGUGUGGCUGGUCUGCCAAUCCGUGCUGACCUGACUGACUACUUCCUGUCGAAUGAUCGAUUCUUUUGUUGAUUGAUUCUCUCUGUGCUGUGCUGCAGGGCAAGUGCCUGAGAGGUCCCACGUGCCGCUUCGCGCAUUCCUGUAGGCUCAGGGCAUCCACACAGGGGGAAAUGGUGUCUCAUCGGUUGCUUCUCUGCCUUUGUGUGGUCGUGUGUGUAGGCGACGAGCUGAAGCAGAAGCCAGAGCUCAGGAAGGUAUGCCCACAGGCAGUGAGGCCGGCAAGCCAGCGCGUGUACACACCUGUUGCCCGUGUGAUGUCAUGUCAUGCGUCAAUCAGACCAAGUUGUGCGAGGAGUUCAUGAAGGGCCUCUGCGACGACCAAAACUGCAACUUCGCCCACGGUGAGUUGUGUCAGGCAGACAGGCAGGCAGGCAGGCAGGUACCAACACGACUGGCGGCACGGUGGCAUUGUCUGUCUGUCUGACGUAUAUAUGUGCAGGUGUGAAGGAGCUUCGUUCGACGGAGGAGUUCUACAAGACAUCGCUAUGUAUUUUUUGGAAGAAGGGCCACUGCGAACAGGGGUGAGCCAGCCCAGCCAAGCAAAACAGACAGACCAAUGACUGCACACACCCACACCCACAUUCACACGCCCUCCCCUGCCCUGCCUUGCCUUGGCUGCCUAUGUGUGUGCAAUGCAGUGCGAACUGCCGCCACGCCCACGGCCCUGAGGAGCUGCGUCCCAAGAAGGCCCCUCCCCGCCGUAGGGACAGCCGGGAGAUGCUGGGGCGGGCCGGCAUCGGCCCCUACCCGCCAUACAUGCAGCAAUACGACUCCCCCAUACGAGACGGCUACAACAGGAUGGGCAUGGGCAUGCAGCGCACCAGAUACCCUCCCACCACCAUGGCGCACCCGCCCUACCGCCGCCCCCGGGGCGACAGCAGCGGCCAAAUCUCCUCCACCGGCAGUCGGCGUGACGACAACAUCAUGCCCAUCGCCGGCAGCCCCGCUGCACAGCGACAGAUGCAGCAUCACCCGCAGGAGCAGGACCAGGCUCUGUCCAAGUCGGAGAUGUUUCGCCAGGAGAUGGAGAGAAGAGGCCGGCCCAAGAGCCCCGGGGCACUCUCCGACCCAGGCGACGCUGCACGCCGGGUGGCCAUGAUGCAGGGCCAGGAGCACCGCGUCGGGGAGGUGGGCCACGAGGGUGGCGUGCCCAUUCCGCAGGGCGAGGGCGGCUCCGACAACAGCGACCCCACACAGACGCGCGACCCCGAGAGCGCCGAUGCCAACGGUGCGCGGCUGCGUCCCCUGGAGCACGAGAAGGAGGUGAGCGGCAGCAUGGACCACAGUGAGGAGCCCGAGCCGGAGCACCGCGGCCCCUCCCGCAGCAACAGCGGCAAGGUGCGCAGCAGGAACGGACGCAAGAGGGGCCAGACUGGCGACAUGAUCAUCCCCGAGGGUGGCUCUCCUGGCGUCGGCAUGGCCAUCGACAACAAGGGCGGGCGGCGGUCGUCGGGCCGCUACGGAGGCAGCAAGGCAAGACACUCGUCCUCGUUCUUCCCCCCCGCUACUGCUGAGCCCGUCAUGGGCAUGGGUGCCAUGCCGCCAUACCAGACGUCGCCCAUCCAGGUGUUCCCCUCCGACGUAGCUGCCGGGGCGCCCGCGUAUGGGAUGCAGGGUGGGUGGGAGGGCUACCCGGGCGGCUACUACGACUACCCCUACGCCAGCCAGCCGGCGCCACGCAUGGAGGACUUCGGCUUCCAGCAGGGCGCCCCCAUGGCCCAGCGCAACGCCAUCGUCCAGAUCACGCCAUCGACUGGCGGUGCAUACCCGCCACCACCCCCCAUGGCACCCCCUCCCCCACCGCGCACCAACUACCCACCGCCCCCUCCUAGUGGCGGCCACUCGACCCAGAAGAUGCAGCCGGGGCCGCCUGGGGCGUUCCACCACCAGCAGCAGCAGCAGCAGCAGCCCGAGUUCGACAUGAGCGGUUAUGGGUACGGGCAGGCGGCAUACGCAACGUCGCCCAUGUAUCGAAUGGACCAGGCCGGCCCGGGGAUGUUCGCGAUGGGCACGGGGCCCACUGGUGUGUCGGACGUUAUGGUUAGUGGCUCACAGGGAUACCCUCCCAUGCCCAUGCACGGACAGGUGAGUGAGUGAGUGAGUGAGAAGGGCGGGAGGGCCAGUCAGGACAUUGACUGAUUGCAGAUGAGUGAGUGUGUCUUCCCUCCCUUGUGUGCGAAUGCAGCCUCAGUCGGAGAUGCACAUUCAGGCCGGUCCUCCCGGGAGCUUCCCUCCCCCUCCCCCCGCCACCGACAGCGGCAUCCCGCUGCACAUGCCGUCCCUCCCACGCACCUCCCACCCGGUGCCCUUCGUGCGCCCCGCAGAGGUGGCCUCCACGCAGCGCACCCCCACCGCCACGAACAGCGAGGGCCGCACUCCCCCCGGCGGCGAAACCACCAGCACCACUGCCGGCAGCUACGCAUACAGCCCCGCCGGCUUCGUCACGGUGGCGGGCCUCUCGUCCCCCUCGCCCGUGCAGUCGACCAAUGGAGGCGGCCACUCGAGGCAGCGCCAGCAGAGGAGGAGCGUCACCAACCAGGCCCAACAGCAGCAGCAACAGCAUCAGAUGGCCCAGCCGCCGCUCCCCCAGCCGCCCUCGGUGGUGAGCACUCCCAUGCCGUCGACGAGCAUGCCGAUGGCGCAGCAGUCCCCCGUCGGGGCGCACGACGCCUCGCCCAUCAUCUUCGUGUCGCAGCAGAGAUACGAAGAGUGAUCGACAUAACAUGCCCACUCACAGACUGACAGACGGGGAGGGAGGGACGGAUGGAGGGGGAGGGAGGGGGGUUUUGCGUUGUGGGUGUUGGUGUGGAUGGGUGUGGAGAGAGGAGAGGCUGGACGGAGUAUCGUGAGCCAGCCCAUGUGUGGCUUUAAUUGAGUUGUUUGGAGGGAGGGAGGGAGGGAGGGGAAAGGGCUGGGUGCGUACAAUAUCUAUCUUGUCUGUAUCAGCGAGUACCGUAUAUAACUAACAUGGAUCUAUUUCAUGAUGAGUGAGUGUAUCUUCCUAUCUAUGGCCGUAUGUACGUCUGUAUGUCCGUAUGUCUGUCUGUCUGUCUGUUGUGUGGCCGACACCACCAUCCACCCCACCCACCAAUCCACCACUCCAUCCAUCCAUGCCUGCAUACGCAUUACGUUCACACGUAUCGUACCGUACCUUACUCUACACGGGUGUCUGUAUGACAAUGGUGCAUAACAUAACAUAACCUGUAUAUUCACUCACUACCACUACAGGGCAAAGGGGGCUGGCUUGUGGGGGCGGCCGGCCGGCCACAUGGUUUUCAACACAGCGAGCAAGCGGGAUGGGCGUGGUGGGUGUCGGACUGGGUGUGUGGCGUCACACACAUUGGUGUCAUCGCAACCAGCCAGACAUAGUACAGUCCCUAGCUAGUUACGUCGGUGGUGGUAUUGGAUGGAUGGACGGAUGGAUGGAUGGAUUGCUGUCGGUCUAUCCAUUUAGUCUGCCGCGUAAGUGUACGACGGCCGGUCUACGCACCAACACAAACAACAGCACGGUGGCUCAUCGAUGGAUGGAUGGAUGGACAAGCCGACCAGGAGUGAGAAUAGAGGUAGCUGUGAGGCAGGCAGGCAGACAGCCGCAUAUGCCCACUGUCGGGCGGGGGGUGGUUGAUCGUACGGUCCAGUACUAGCGAGAGAGAGAGAGAGAGAGAGAGAGAGGAGGGGUUACCUGCCUCAGCCUGCGGAAAGACAGAGCGAUUCGCACCACCAUCCAUCGUCCAUCGCUCCCGAAUCGUUUUUACGCGUGAUUUACAUCCGGGCGGGGCGGGGCGGGGUCUGCAUGAGAGCGAGCCGUCAGUACUGUCCAUGUGUACGUGCGGGAGUGGGUGUAAAGUGUUAGAUGGGGCGUGGCGUGGCGUGGCGAUGAUUGUUUGAUGGAUCAAUGGCUGGAUCAGUCAGUCGUGAGAGUGAGCUGUGAGGGUGUGUGUGGAGGAGCAUCAAUCGCAUCCCGUGUGCAGGUUGCCGUUUUAUCCACCCAUGCUCCUUCUAUCUAGUGUACGUGUUAUACCUGUCUGUGUUCCUGUGUGUGGUGCUAGUGGUAUGCUGUGGUGUGGCGUGGCGUGGCGUGUUAUGAUGCUCUCUCCAUGUGCGUGUGUGUGUGUGUCGGCCCUGUCUGUGCGCUGUACAGCGUCCCUCUGUUGGUGCAUUUGUGCAGACGACACUCUACCUCGUUCAUGAUGACCAUGUGGUGUGUGUAAAGGCCUAGCUACCUGACCCCACCCUCCCUCCUGGCUGCCUGCCUGCCUGCCUGCCUGUGUAUGUGUGUGUUCGAUUGUGCGCCACUCCACUCGUCUGUCUCGAGCCAUCAAUAAUUUUCGGGGCGAGAGCCUCACCACCUCUACCACUACCACCGCUGAAGGACGUCCAGGUGUGUCUUGUGUUUGGAUGAUCUGUGCUGCCUGCCUGUGAGUGAGUGAGUGAAUGACAUUUGCUGAACGUCUGUGUGCUGAGUUGGGUCGGUGGGUGCAUUGCACAAUGCAUUUACAUACCGUACAUGACAUGGGCUCCGUGGGGUGCCGUGCCGUGCCGUGCCGAGGGAUCCGUAUGCAUGCUUUUCGUUUUUCGCCGUAUUCACUCACUCAACUCACUCACCUGUGUGGCUGUGUGUGUGCGGGGUAGGGGGGAGGGUGCCCGCGUGUGUUCCAUCCAUCCAUCCAUCCAUCCAUGGGUCUGACUCACUCACUCACAUGUACUGUAUGCCAUACAGCGCAUUUACACCUUCACACACACACAGACAGACACACCCCGUAAGUAAGUAUACGUACUGCCUAGUAUGUGUUCGUACGUACAUAUCCAUGACAUCACGUACACAAGUGAGUACCACUACAGGGCAGGGCAGGGCAGGGAGAUAAAACAGAUAGAUACAGGGAUAUAUGGGAGGGGUGAAUUAGUCGGUGUGGUGUGGUGUGGUGUGAGCUCUCUCUCCUCCCUACCUUCUUCCCCCGUCUGCUGCCCUUUCCCGGUCCACUGAAGCACUGAUCCGCUCUCGCAAUGGCCGCCAUCGGAAGACGCACGACGCACGACCACGCACUCUCAGAGAGCCAGCCCCUCAUUCGCUCAUUGUGUUGUUUGGUCGGUCGGUCGUUAGUUCGGUAGGGUAAGGCGCGGUGCCCGUGUCGAUAGGUAGGCAGAGUGACGGGGGGAGGGGAGCAACGCACGGCACGACGGGCGGGCUCUCGGGUGCGGCUGGCUAGACCACAAGAAGGCGGGGCGGGGCGGGGCGGGCGCAUGUGAGGGGUGGUGGGGUUGUCGUGGGUUGUGCCAUAGAUAGUCAUGACACAUAUAUGCACUUACAUGGAUUCAUACGCAGCAGAGAGGGAGGGAGGGAGGGAGGGAUCGCCGGCUGGCUGGGCUGCGUCCUUGCCUGCCCGCCCGCCUGCAUGUCUUCGUGCCUGGCUUGGUGUGUCCCUGUGAGGUCAUUAUGAUCGCACCCACACGCGCACACGCCUGAGUACCUACGGUACGGUACGGUAGUCUCUGUGCGUGCGUGUGUACCGUAGUGGCCCGCCAGCGAGGUUUUUCCCUGAUUCCUCUCUGACAUGCCUGUUGUGUGUGUCGUCCACCAUCCAUUCCAUUCCAUUCCAUUCGGUGUUCGGUUCAUGUAUUCGUAUGCCUACCGGCAUUGAUUGCCUGGAUUGAUGCCGAAGGCGGCACUCACUGCUUACGUUCCAUCGCAUUACUCUGACUGGGGAGAGGGGAGGGAGGGAGGGAGGCUCUGUGUGUCUGUCAGCCGGUGUGGGUGCAUUCAUUCGUUCAUAUACGUCCGUACUGUCUGUCUGUCUGACUGAAUGUGUGUGUGUGGUUGCCUACUGCCUGCCUGCCUGCCUGUUCGUUCUAUUUUUCCCGCUUACAUGCCAAGCAAACGACAUACACACUAUGACGUUCAUGCCAAUCUUCGCCCUGCCUGCCUGCCUCUCUCCAUCUUGCGACACUGUCUGCCCGUUCUCUCUCGUCUCUACCUGUCUGUUGAUCGCUUGAUGCCAUCGGAUGUGGUAUUUUUAAUUCGCCAAGCGGCCGGCCUCCUGGCGGGCACGGCAGCAAGGAUACAUACGUUGCUAUGGGUGCCCUCUGACUGAGAAUCGACUUGGAGCUUCCUCACACACGGAGGCAGGCAGACAGGCAUCGCACGGUCACCUCGACCGACUUGAUGGCAGUGGCAGCUGGCUCUGGUAUUCUAUUCAUUCAUCCACUCACUCGGUGUCUGUGUGCCUAUUCUUUUAUCACAUCUCCGUCAGCCAGCUUAGUGUGUGUGGUGUGGUGUGUGGUUGGGCUGUCUGUCUGUCUGUCUGUCUCGUACUUGUCUUCCAGCCUGCCUGCCUCCCUCCCUCCCCGGCGGCAGGCAGGCAGGCAGGCUGGGAGAGAUGUGGUAUACUAUGGUAUGCUGUGGUACUCUACAGGCGCGCUACACACACACACACACACACACAGAGGUCCCUCACACACAUGGAUGGAUGACGCUUCGCACACCCUGAAGUAGGCUCUGGGGCGCUUCUCUCUCUCUCUCUCUCUCUCACACCCCCCAACACAUUGGUUUCCUUCCGUGUCAUGGCUGUUAUGUUAAGCCUCGUGUGUUGCGUUUUAUAACAGGGGCGGGUGCAUGGGCGUGGGGGCGGGUUCUCUUUGUCGAUCGAUCUCUGCAUGUAUGGCGGAUGGAGGGUGGGUCGUGAGUGUUACUUUCAAUUCGUGUCUGACCGUUUCGUACAAACACCGUGGUUCCGAACCGUUGUCUUUCUUACAUGGCUAUCUGUUUAAGUGUUUCUUUGUGUUUGUGUCUGUGGCGCUGCUGCGGAAGUGCAGAGUGCAGGUGUGUGUCCCAAGCUAAGCUCGCUUGAGGCACAGACAGAAGAUAUGUAUGGGUCAUUUUUGAAGGAUGGAUGGACCGACCCACGCGCAGCCCUGUUAGCCAUGAAUGGAUGGGUGUGUCGAUCGAUGGAUGUGUGUGUGUAUGUGCGUGAGUGCCUUUAUAAAGCCUGCCCGCCUGUCGUCGCAUUUGCCUAGCUGCCCUCCCUCCCUGCCUGUCUGCCUGACUGUCUGCCGGUCACGGCAUUCAUUUGCACGGAAGCUCCUUGCCUCCACGGCCACUCACUCACUCACUCACUGUAUUCACCACAUCAUCACAUAUAUUGCACCAGAGGAGCAAGGGGCCCUUCCUUCUCGGCUUGGCUUGGCGUGUGUGUGUGUGUGUGUGUUGUGUGUGUGCCUAUGUGCUGUCUGGCGUCUCUCAUACCUACCUACCUGUAUCGCACUCGUCUCUCUCUCUCUUGUCUCCUCCUGAGAUCUGUGUGUGGACACAAGUGUGUGUGUGUGUGUGUAUGUGAGUGUGCGCGCGAGAGAGUUGCUGAUGAUGCGAGACGUGCGAAGUCACUGCAUGGUAUACCAUGAUGAUUGAGUAAACGAGAGCAUCACAUUGCUCGCCUGGUCGUGGGGUGCAUCAAAGUGUCU